UUUCACAAACUCCGCUAAGCACGACGGGAACACGUGCGGUCAACAUGGCGGCGCCCUUCAGUAGACUUUUUCGACCAUUGCGGAGAAUAACAAUUACAGUUACAUUAAACAAAGGCGUGCGAAAUGUUUCGUCCUCUAGGAAACAAAAUUUGAAAACUGCGGGUGUUGCGUCUCCGUGGGCGCUGCAUGGAGCUGUAUGCCUGCAGCGGCUACCUGUGGUCUCUCAAGACAGGAGCCCGUUAGAGGAAGAGUUCAUGGAGCUAAUGCACCAGAUGGAGUUAGAGAGAAGUCUGCUCUCGGACCACGAGCUGAGGCUCCUGGAGGAUGCUGCACGGAUGAGCCGGAAACAAGAAGAGGAUUAUGAUUCCGAUGAGGAGGAGGAGGAUUAUAGAGAUAAAGAAAUUGUUACAGCUCAAGAUCUGGAAGAUAUUUGGGAACAGAAACUGAAGCUAUUUCAACCAGCUCCGAGGUCACAAGGUGUUGACGAGAAAGACAUGGGUUCUUCAAAGCGUUGUUUAGCAGACAGCUUAAUCUUGUUGGUGAAGAAGGAUGUUGGCAGUCUAAAGCUUUGGCUCCUGCCUCAGAUACAGUGGCAGACGGGAGAGACGCUUCGACAGACGGCCGAACGUGCCCUUGCAAGUCUUCCAGGGGCUGAUAUAAAGGCCACCUUCCUUGGCAAUGCACCCUGUGGAUUUUACAAGUAUAAAUACCCAAAGCACAUUCAGAAAGAGGGCAGUGUUGGAGCCAAAGUGUUCUUCUUCAAAGCUGUGCUGCCCAGCCAUAAGCACUUACCCCUAGAGAAGAAUUUAUUUGCUUGGGUUAAAAAGGAGGAACUCCAGGACUUCCUGAAGCCAGAGUACCUGAAACAAGCCAGACGCUUCAUUAUGGCACUGUAAUAUGGGAAGACAUGGACAUGAUGGAGAAUAUAUUGGAAAACAGAGCACAGGUUUAUGCUUUUUAUAUUUUUUGGACUAUGAUUCCAUGAGUUUGGACCCUAAUCCACCUGAUGACCGUAAUAAUCAAUGAGUGACGUUCAGAUUGUCAUAUAUAUGUUAUACAGUAUGUUCCAUACACUAUAUUAUCACCUGUCGAUGUGUGUAUGUAUUUAUCCUGCUUGUAAAUGAAAACUUCUAUAAAAACGUCCAGUUUUUGACUUUAUAGCAUGUGAUCUCAUCUUUUUUUUUAAGUAUUUUUAAAUUUAGCAUGAAAUCAUGUUUCUAGCAGGGUGGAAAUUGUAUAUUGUUUGCUAUUCCUAUACUUCACCCUGACUUCUUUAUCCAUGCACAUAUUUUGUCCUCUAAAAUACUACCACUUGAGGGCAGUAGAUGGACAAAGAAUGGAGGACAGACAAUCCAACGGACCCUCUUCCCCCUUUAUGAAAACACAAAGGAUCUCCAAUUAUGCUUUUGGCCGGUAUAUUGCUGUCUUGUCAAGUUUAAAUGCCUUGUACUUGGGAUUUCUCUUCUGCUCUUUUAUGUCUCUCCCGCAUGCUCAGUUGUCAAAUAGUCAUUGACUUUUGUGCUGUGCUGGUGGAAAUGGGGAUUAGUAAUACUAUGAAUUAUUUAGGCACCUUGAUUAUGUAGGUCUCUGAAAAUUGGCUGUAGACAGUCAUUUCUGCCAGCGUUUUGGGAU